AAAUCUUUUCAAACUGAUAGGUCAUCACCAGAACGCACAUGCGUUUCAGCUAGCACAAACGAACUCUGAAUGUUGAUGCACGACGCCUGUAAUUUCAAGGUCACUCGGAAGUUCCUGGCAUUUGAACAACUUCACAUUGCGAAUGGUUCCACGGGAUGUAACAGAAGUCCAACCGGAUUACACUGAAAUGAAAAGUCGAAGUAGUAAUCAUAAUCAUUCAGUAACUGAAAGCUGUCGCAUUAUUCAAGUAAAUAAACCCCAGUUGGUUAACUACUGUAAGAAUAAUAUAAGCACUGCGAAAUAUAACUUCCUCACUUUUCUUCCGAAGUUCGUGACAGAACAGUUCCGAAGAUAUGCAAACAUAUUUUUCCUAGUUAUCGCUCUUCUUCAGCAAAUUCCUGGUGUUUCACCUACUGGAAGAUUCACCACCCUUGUACCUCUCUGCAUCAUACUUACUGUUUCAGCUAUUAAAGAAGUGAUAGAGGAUUUUAGACGUCAUCGUGCUGACGACGCUACAAAUAACGAGCAGACUUUGGUAUUACGCAAUCAUGUUUGGGUUAAAAUAUGUUGGAAGGAUUUGGAGGUAGGGGAUUUAGUCAAAGUUCUCAGUAAUGAAGGGAUCCCAGCUGAUCUUGUCCUUCUGGCGUCUAGUGAACCUCAGGCUAUGUGCUAUAUUGAAACUAGUAAUCUAGAUGGAGAAACAAACUUGAAAUUACGCCAAGGUCUGCCAGUUACAACUCAUCUUCUAACUGCUGGAGAAUUAAACUCUUUUGACGCAGUUGUUGAAUGUGAACCACCAAAUAGAAAGUUGGAUGAAUUUGUCGGUGUUAUUCGUACUGCAGAUGGAAUAGCUCAUCCUUUAAAUCCAACACAAUUAAUUUUACGAGGUUCAUCAUUAAAGAAUACAAAAUGGAUUUUUGGUUUAACUGUGUAUACAGGUAAAGAAUCUAAAGUGAUGUUGAAUUCAACAGCAGCUCCUUUAAAACGAUCAACAGUUGAACGUCAAACUAAUACCUAUAUCUUAUGUCUGUUCGGUGUACUGCUCUUCUUGACUUUGUUCACGUUUAUUGCAAAUUUAGUUUGGACAUCAUGGAAUGAGAAAAAAAUGUGGUAUCUACAGGAAAAUGUUGAUAUUAGAAGCGAUCUUCGACGUUUACUGGAUUUUAUCACCUGUCUCAUUUUGUAUAACACCAUCAUACCAAUCAGUCUGCCAGUGAUGCUUGAAGUUGUACGGUUUAUCCAAGCAUUGUAUAUUAAUUGGGAUUUGGAUAUGUAUGAUCCGGAUUCGGAUACACCAGCUAUGGCACGUACUUCCAAUUUAAAUGAAGAAUUAGGUCAAGUUCGUUAUUUAUUCUCUGAUAAGACCGGAACGUUAACUCGUAAUGUGAUGGAGUUCAAAAGAUGUUCAAUUGGUGGUAUUAUGUAUGGUAAUAGUACUGAAGAUUCAAAUGCUUUAGAAGAUCAAAAUCUAAUUAAUAAAUUAAAUUCUGGAGAUUUAUUAGUUGAUCAAUUCUUCACAAUAUUAGCUGUUUGUCAUACUGUUGUACCAGAACGUAAUGUCAGUGAAAAUAAUACCAAUGAUAAUAAUGUUGCUGUUUUCGGUAAUGAUAAUCUCAAUAAUGAACAAUUGAUUAAUUAUCAAGCUUCGUCUCCAGAUGAAGCAGCUCUUGUGAAAGCUGCACGUACUAUGGGUUAUGUGUUCACUACUCGAACGCCGACAGAAGUUAUUGUUAAAAUUCGCGGUGUCGAGAAACGUUAUGGAAUAUUACAUGUACUUGAUUUUACCAGUUUUCGUAAGCGUAUGGGUGUUGUAGUUCGUGAACCUAACGGACGUAUUUCCGUAAUGGUCAAAGGAGCGGAUACUGUUAUAUUUGAACGGUUGGCUUGCACUAGUCUAUUUACUCAAUCAACUAUGGAUCAUCUUGAGAAUUUCGCUAAAACUGGUCUACGAACAUUAUGCAUUGCAUGGACUGAAGUUGACCCAGCAUUUUAUAAUAAAUGGGUAGGAAAUUUUUACAAAGCUAGCACAGCAUUAAACGAUCGUGAAGCUAAGCUAGAAUCGGUUGCCAAUGAAAUUGAACAAAAUCUUCAACUUCUUGGAGCAACUGCCAUUGAAGAUAGAUUACAAACGGGCGUACCACAUACUAUAGCUAAUUUAAUGAGAGCUGGUAUUUCUAUUUGGGUUCUGACUGGAGAUAAACAAGAAACAGCUAUCAAUAUUGGCUAUUCUUGUCAGUUGUUAACACAAUCUAUAAGCUUACUAACUAUGAAUACCAAGUCGUUAGAUCAAACACGUGAGCAAUUGGUGAAUUUAAUUGAAGAUUUCGGUGAUCGAAUACGGAUGGAGAAUGAUUUUGCUUUAAUCGUUGAUGGUGAAACACUAGAGUUUGCGUUAUUAUGUGAAUGCAGAGAACAGUUUUUGGACGUUGCUUUAUCCUGUAAAUCGGUUAUAUGUUGCAGAGUUAGUCCAUGGCAAAAAGCACAGUUGGUAAAAUUAGUCCGUCAAUCAAUUAAAGAUGCAGUCACUCUGGCUAUAGGCGAUGGAGCGAAUGAUGUUGGAAUGAUACAAGCAGCUCAUGUAGGUGUUGGGAUAAGUGGCAUGGAAGGCAGACAGGCAGCAUGUGCGUCGGAUUAUGCAAUAGCCCAAUUUCGUUUCCUAAAUAAAUUACUAUUAGUACAUGGUGCAUGGAAUUAUAAUCGAUUGACUAAAUUAAUACUUUAUUCGUUUUAUAAGAAUGUUUGCCUUUAUUUAAUACAAUUUUGGUUUGCCAUUCUAAGUGGAUUUUCUGGUCAAAUUGUGUUUGAACGAUGGAGUAUUGGUUUAUAUAAUGUGAUAUUCACUGCAGCACCACCAAUGGCGUUAGGACUAUUUGAUCGAAGUUGUAGUGUUAAUAAUUGUCUUAAAUAUCCAGAAUUGUACAAAGAUACUCAAGCAUCAGCUUCGUUUAAUCCGAAAGUUUUCUUCUGUUGGAUUCUCAAUUCAAUUUAUCAUUCAUCCGUGCUAUUUUGGAUUCCAUUAUUGGCUUUCUCUGUAGGUACUGUCUAUGCAAAUGGUCAAACUUCAAGUUUAUUAGUCUUGGGCAAUAGUGUUUACACAUAUGUAGUUGUGACGGUUUGUUUAAAAGCUGGUCUAGAGCAUACCGCAUGGACAUGGUUAUCACAUUUAGCAAUAUGGGGUAGUAUCGGUUGCUGGUUCUUAUUUCUUACUAUAUAUCCUCAUGUUUAUCCAACUUUACCAUUGGCAUCAGAUAUGGUUGGUAUGGAUUCUGCUGUUUAUGGAUGCGGUAUUUUCUGGUUUGGUUUCUUACUGAUACCUAUGAUUGCAUUGACACGCGAUAUUGCUUGGAAAAUGGCUAAACGUGUUACAGCUGGUACGUUACGUGAACAAGUCAUGCAAAUGGAACAAAUGCAAGUUGAUCCAGGUCGUUUGAUUCGUGCCAGUAUUCGUCCGAAAUCUACCGACCGUUCCGCGUUUGUGCGGAUUAUGCGUAGAAGUAUGGGUUCACAGGCAUUGCUUAAUCUUUGUCUUGGUGCCAAUGUACGUACAAGUACAACAUCACCGACACCCAUAACAGGUCCUCGGCAAACAGAUCAUGGUUAUGCAUUUUCUCAAGAAGAACAUGGUGCAGUCAGUCAAUCUCAAUUGAUUCGUGCUUAUGAUUCAACCCGACGAAAACCUGAUGGCAGAUAACAUAUUACUUAACUAUGUAUAUUGAAUUAUCCAUCAUGUUGUACAUACACGUAUACAUUGACAUAUUGAUUAUGCCACAAGUAACAACCGAAUUCGAUAACUUUUCCUUUUGCUGAACAAACUGUUAUUACCUAGUGUUCCCCAUUUUUUAUGUUGCGUAUGAAUGUUCGCUUUUUUCAGCCAAAAAUAGGCAAAAACAAGAAAUAUAUACCGGGCACUAACACUUUUUGCUACUAACAAUGGCACCGAUGAUGACCAUUGUCAGUUAUGUUCAUAACUAACCAAUUAAAUUGUUGCUAAAACGCCUAACACGUCAAUCCGGUUUGAUGUGUCUGUAGGCUAUCCCUGUUGCAUGUGACCUGCCAAGUUAAGGACACUAUUAUCCUUUUAUAUUAGUAUGACUCAUAAUUUUUAUUCGUUUCGAUAAAACACUCAAUACUGGUCGGUAUGUUUGUGCGUUCCACUUAAUGACUGCAAUUCGUCUAAUUAUUAUAGUAAGCGAAUUGUUAUUUUUACGUUACGAAACAGAUAAAGAGUUUAAAGCCUAGUUGUCUUUGUUCUAAUUAUAACUCUCACAUGGACUCUGAGUCGUCAGUAUCGCAUCUACAGUUCUGGUAGAAUAGUCUGUAGAACAAAUUAAAUCCUACACCGAUUUCUUCUCACUGAUGGAACUUUCUAAUCUAACGGCACAUAACCGACUGUUAAUGGUGAUUGAUCAACCCUACUGUAUCAGAAAGCUUUUUAUUCGGUUUGAUAUUUUUAUUGACAUUUAAUAUUAUAACAUUUAUUGUUGCCAGUGUUGUGACUUCCACGCUUUCUUCAUACCUUAUGAUUUAUCCAUAUACCAUGUACAGACUUAUGUACUCAACUUUGAGCCACAUACUUUGGUUGUGUGUAAAGAAAAAAAGAAGGCUAAGAUGAGACC